AUGGCCGCCAUGAAAACCAUCGCUCUCCUUGCCGUGAUCUCGGCCGCCGCCCUGGGCACCGCGUCGGCGGUGACCCACCGCGUCGGCGAGCCGGGCGGCGCGUGGGACCUCACCACCGACUACGGCAGCUGGGCGUCCUCCAGGGAGUUCCACCCGGGCGACGAGCUCAUCUUCAGGCACCAGCCAGGGGCGCACAACGUGCUCGAGGUCAGCAAGGCCGACUACGACUCCUGCAAUGCCACCAGCCCCAUCACCACCUUGGGCUCCGGCUUUUUCACCUACGUCGCCCUUCCCGCCGUCGGCACCCGCUACUUCAUCUGUGGUUUUCCUGGCCACUGCACCACCACCGGCACCGGCGGCAUGAAGCUCAAGAUCGACGUCUUGCCAGGUUCCCCCUCGUCGUCGCCCGCCCCGGUCAUGUCGCCGCCCUCCUCCGCCGCCACCUCUGCCAGGGCCACAAUAGGAUUUGCCGAUUUGGCCUUGUCGUCCUGCUGGCGACCGGUCUCAUGGCUUGAAAUGCAUGUAUUCUUCAUUAGCUGA